AUGAAUGACCCCUUUCACCAAGGAUUGACCCCGCAGAUAUCUUUGGCUUCAUAUGGCCAUAUUGACACUACACUCGACAACCACCUGCAAUCCGUCGCCCGCCAGAAUGCCGACACAUCCACCCAGGCUGUUCUGCCCUUUUCAAGUCCGGAGACCCGCACCAUGAUCGUGGCUACCGCUACCAGCAAUGCAGAGUCCGUCAGAGGCGUCAUCUGUCCUGACUGUCAAAAGCCAUACCGGCGCAACUGCGAUCUAAAACGGCACCUGAAGACACACACACGUCCUCACAAGUGCCCAGUUAGCAGCUGCAGCUACAGCACCACCGGCUUCCCAACGCCGCAGGAGCUCCUACGCCAUAAAGACGACCGCCACUCAAACAAGCCGCCCGAAUUCAAAUGCCAGUUCGCACCUUGCUCGUACAGGUCCAAACGGGAGUCGAACUGCAAGCAGCACAUGGCCAACGUCCACAGCUUGGCCUACAAGUACAGCCGGAAGAGCCACCGUGCCCGUGUUGCGGCUACAAUCACGAAACCUGACUCCUGUACCCAAGGUGUCCGCCCUGGGGAUACCGAUCUGCCAUAUUUUGACUUCACCCUGUACCCAGACCAAGACCAAGACCAACAGCAGACCACCAACCAUCCUUUGACUCCGGCACCCGAUGUUGUGUAUGGAAAUGACGACACCCCCGUUGUCUGUCUGGGCGGAAACAUCGCUGAUGUCGGUGACGAGAGCGGCUCGAGUGAUCAAUCGAUCGUGUCGAAUUCUUUUGUGCCUUGGGAGUCGCCUAUGACGCAGCAAGAGGAAAUCCACAACAUGAUCCAGAAUGUCGACAGCAAUUUUGACCCAACGCAACCUGUCUAUGAUAGCAACAAUUGCUCGCAAUCCCAAUAUCCUCUAUCAAUUCGGUCGCCAUUUAUUGAUCAGUUGAAUACCGCAGACAUGUCACCCCCAACCAUGUCGCACCCGUCAUCGUUAUGGUUGCAUCCGCUCGAGGCUGUUCAAUCUUGUCAGGACCUGCAGCCAUACAUAAGUGUACCGAGUUUUGUAGACGGCCUGGGAUCUGUUGGUGUCAUGCAAGCUGCAGGACCCCGGGAAUCUUAUAGCAAUCAGAUUGUCUCGCAAGCAACUGAGCGAGUAGUUCUGUGCUCUCCCGUCGACGAGGUCGCUGCCGAAAAACGAAAGCGAGAUAGGGACGAAGAGAGCGACGAGGACGACGAUGAAGACGACGAGCAUCGACGCAAACGACCGAGACCCGAUGGCGAAACAGACGACAGCAGUCUCACGUGCCCAUUUCGCAAGAUGGAUUCAAACUAUUAUAGUCGUGAUAGGGAUGAACGAUACUCAUCCUGCUAUACACCUCACGUGUAUAUCUCGACUCGACACCUUGGCCGAGCCGCACAUGGGCUCUUGGUUACUCCGCGCAGCAUCUCCUCGUUCGACGUUCUCGAGGAAGGAUACCCACGACCAAGAGCUGGUCUCUGUCGCAAAUGCUGGAGGCCGUUUCACGACAGAAACGACUUCGAUACCCAUGUCACCGCCCCAAAUCAAUGCGGCAAAGCCUCCCGCGGAAAACGGGAAAAGUACAACGCCAUCAUCAAUGCGUUUUGUGUGCACGGAGAUGGUUCUGAUGUAUCAGUAUCUUAUAAAGGACGAGAUCUGCUACCUGCGCAACCAAUCAGACGCAAUACAAGAUCAACUAGGCGCGAUGACCAGUCUCAGGCACAAACCUCCACCGUCCCUCGCCUGUCCGUUGAGUUUGACGCUGCUCGUGGCACUCCGGAUAUCAAAGAAUCACCAACUCAACAAGAGCUGAAAGUUCCACUUCAAACCGCCCACCUCGUGACUAGUGACUUUGUGCCACGCAUUGAGUAUCAAGGUCUUGAAAGGCGCGUCGAGGACUUGGAGGCGGCCAUACAACAAAUGACUGCCACAGGCCAAGCACAAUCCUCCUCGACAGCACCGAGGUUCGGCCGUCAAAGUGACGGUGACCCAAGGGGCCGAGUCGUUCGUGAUAUCAUCAGCCACAGGCGUCCUAUCCGGUCUGCCACCUCUGGGACGGAUGAAAGUGCACUGGAGAUAGGAAGCCUGGGAGGGUGGAUGGAAAGGCAAGAAAGGGUGGAAGAAGAUGAGAGGGCGAUGCUUGGGACAAAUCAAAUACCCGGCACCAGUGUCGAUGAGUAUACCGGCGCCAUCCCCGACAACUCAGCUCAAGACCUGGCUGGCAUCAGCAGGCCACACCGAACCUCGACCAACCUUUCAUCACGUUCAGACACCUCUUCUUUACGUCAUGCACCACCUAUGGCUCUCCGUAGCGAUGCUAGAAGCCAGGUUCCCUCGCGACAGCAACAACAAGUCCAGCCGCAACAGCAGGCGACCUCAAACACGGUUUUGGACUCGGGCUAUGGCGGAAGCAGCAAGCCAAAGGCCUCCCAGCAGCCAGAUGGCAGCACUGCGCCACCUGCCACGGCCCUUAACCCCGGCACUCCUGACACGGCCCCUUAUAUCUCCAUGGAUCGGACAGCCGAUUCAGCUCUGACAGAGAACCAUGUGGCGGAACUCCCGCAAGGAGGCUAUCCGUUUGAUGAUGGUGUUGAGGGGCCAUCCAUGUUUGCCGAGAUGUUCCUUACAGAUACUGAAGGUGAAGUGCUGUUCGACAACUGGCCUGAAUAA